CUACACUUGCCUUUAUACUCCUUCUUUGGAGCAGUCAUUCUAAUGAUAAGCAUCUGUGCUAUAAUUGUAAAGUGCAGGAAGGGAACUGAUGUAGAUUUAAUGGGAAAUAAAUCAAAUAAAGUACCAUGUACAUCAACAAAACUAACAAACAUUGUCGGAGAACUCAAUUCGGUGACAGGUACAUUGAAUAGUAAAUCCGAGAUUACAUACAACAAAGAUAUUUGUAAAGAACAUGAUCCAGGUAGUUCCAAAGGAACUUUUUUUUUCUCAGCUCCUUAUAAUCGUUCUAUAUCGUCUUCCUAUGGAAGCGGAGAUGUGGAGUACGGAAAUAGAGGUAGCUAUUUCAAUGAAGAAAGCCAAAAGAAAGAUUUAAAAUCCUAUUAUCAAAAGGAAAAAAAUCUUUUAUCACCGAGGGAUGUAGAAUCACAAGUCCAUUUAGAACAAGAAAACAGGUUCGUAACGGAAUUGUCAGCACAUCUCAGAUCAGAUUGCAAUUUCACACAUCAUCUGUCUGAAACAAGUGACAAGAUCGGACUAACUGAAGAUACAGCAAAACCCGCAAGCGAUACCGAAUUUACGAGAAGAGAUGAAAAGCACCGACAAGUAUUUGAAGAGACGGACACAGAUCUCACCAGAAAUGUCAACAUUGACCACGCAGAUGCUGAAAUUCCACCAACAAAUUUUCUAAAUGAACAUUGGAAAAUUCGUGAAGAAAUUAGUUUAGAAAAUUUGGAAGUUCCUAUUUUGAAGUCAGCUAUUAAACUUUCUUUCUGUAUGGGGAAUUUCAAAGACAGCCCUGGAUCUUCUUUCACAUUAAGUGGUUCUGUUCACACCGACUUAGGAAGACUCUGUAAGUGUUUAGAUAUAGAAGAUAACAGGAUGUUGGUAUCGCCAGUACCCGAAUUUCAUGUGGGGAAAAACGUGAUUCUUAACGAUUAUGCGAUUACAGAAAUUCCGCUAUGUGUUCCAGCCAUGUCGAGUUCUUUGAAAGUACAUUGGAUGGAAACUAAUAAAAAUCAACCAAAGACAAUGGAAAAUAUACCUUUCGUAGAGUGUUACCGUCAGACGGAUUUGGAUAUAUUCUAUAUAAUCCCAGAGGGUAGAAACACUUGUGUACAUGUAUAUACCAGACAUUUCUCUUUGUUUUACUGCACCGCUUGUAAGGAAGAAAUUAAAUUAAAGUUAGAGACCGAAGUAUUUGUAAGAGAGGGAAGUCUUGAUGGGUUAACAACCAUUCACGUGAAGAUGCCACUUCUUGGGCCAUACGAAAUGCUGCUGGAUUGCCGAGAGGAGCGCAAAAGAGGUAUGGAGGAAAUAAAUUUCAGGAGAAUCGACAGAAGCGAGAUUAAGAUAUUAAAGACUGACGAGAACACAGGACUAAGAUUCAGACUCACACCUCCACCACAAUGGGUCCAUGUGAUAAAUAAAGGCCGGGAUGAUGUCCUCUACAAAGAGGAACAGGUUAUGGACGAAACUCCGUCAAUCGAUUGCGUGAACAAAUAUCACCUUCUUCAAGAUGAUGGGGGUAUUCAAUGGAAAAUGAAGUGCGAGGAGCAUUUCAUUGGCAAUGUCGCUUUUACCAUUGAUGUCAUUAACUUUCUUCAUAGUGAUCGGAGUAAGAGAAAAGAAAGCAGAUUGCAUCCGGAAUUCUGCGUGAAGGGUUCACCUGUUUUUGCUGAACACAGGAGGUCAAGCGACGAUCCGUUGCGACGUCUUGGAAAGGGACUUAAAGAGCCAGAGACAAGGAAAAAACUUCUGGAAAUGUUGGGUCACAGAAGAAACUAUUCCACCGCAGGAAACGUCGACUUAUUUGCAAACACUUUAUCAGACAUUCACCAGAAUAACAGGAUGUCUUUCGUGAGUAAAAUCAGUUUGGCGUUGACAGAUAUGGAGGUGACCUGUAACGAAGAUAUAAACUAUUUCUUCUCGAAUUUUGACAAAAGAGUUGCAUCUUCUCCGAUCAUGGAAUCAGGCCAGAAAAAGGAAUCAGGGUCGUUGAAUCCGGAUCUAGAACAAACUACUCCCAAGCAGAUACUAAAUGGUGACGAAGAAAUCCGUCAUCCAGUUGAAAAUACUGAAUAUGGUUCUGAGGAAGGACAUCGUCUAACAUCAGGUGCAUUUGACCAGAAAAGGUCUUUAACAUCAAAAACACAUUGGUCUAACGGACAAUAUCCUACAACCAAUAACAGCAUGAUUGAUCAAGACGAGACGAAACCAAAGUCGGUAGAGCAGGAGACAAGAACAGUUCCUUCGAAUCAGACAAUGAACCGUGGUAUAAGAGCUAAUAACGAAGGACUGCAAUGGGCUCAAUCAUCUCGUGAUGCAAACGAAAUCAUCGCCAACGGUUUUAUUUCUGGACGCGAGAGCGGGAUAGAUCUUUCUGGAAGUCAAAUUGGCUCACCCUAAUAUCUUCAUGAAGAAUAGGUAUCUUCAGCUGAAGAGUGUCACUCAGUAAAUUUUCGUCACAGUAUACAGGAGAGUGCCAAUAAUAACUUUACUUACAUUACUAAUCUUAGUACUUUUAAUAGGCAAACUAGCUGAUACAGACAAAACGUAUGUAGACCUGUAUUCAAAUACUCACACCUACACCCGUCACCACACAUACCCCUGUCACCACACAUACCCCUGUCACCAUACAUACCCCUGUCACCACACAUACCCCU